AGGGAAUAGGAGGGCCGGAUCUUACGUUGAUUACAAGCGGUUUUGCGAUUCCCUGUUGAGCAGAGAUACCAUCACACCACCGCAGCAGAUGUCGUCGAUGCGCUCCCUUCGUCUCGCCCUCUUUGCCCUUGUGGCAGUGUGCACCGCCGCGCCCGCAGCAGACCAGGCACACAAGGGCGGUACGGACACGCCCACACGUACACACAGCAAGUGGUGCCUUCCGCCUCCCUCUCACCCUGUGUGUGCGCACUGUGUGUGUCGUGUUGUGUGUCAGUGCCUGCGAGUGCCAAGAAUGUGACGACUUUCGGCAAGAGCGGCCCGUUCGCCAAGCUGGACCCCUUCCUGCUGCGGGCCUACAAAAACUGGCAGGACCGGCCCUCACCCGGCAAAACCAGCACCACCACAACCGCCACCAGCACCAACAACACACGUACGCCCUCACACACGAGAGGGGGGGUGCUUGGGUGCACUGUAACUCUCUCUGUCUGUCUGUCUGUCUGCCUCUCUGUGUGCCCCAGAGGCGGACACGCUGUCGUUUGUGAGGGAGACCGUGACUGUGGAUGCUGUGGCGGCGGGUGAGGUGGCGGCCCUGCAGCAGUCGCUGGAGGCCGUGAGCGAGGAGGAGGUCGUCUGCUACGGCCACGUGUGCUCCGCACAGGUGGCCGUCGAGAGGGUGCCUGACCUUGCGCCAAUGACGGAACUCAAAUCUGCCAGCCUCGCUAUGGCCAGUGAGUCGACGCACACACACACAGAGACAGGGAGAAGGGGAGAAAGGAAUCCUCUCGUGUGUGUCAGGUACAGUUGUAGACAGGCCAGUGACAACUGACGACAACAACACCAGCACCAGCACCAGCACCACCACAGCCUCAAGCAGCAACCCCAAGCCCGCCAGCAAGCUGGACGCCACCCUACGCAGCAUCUACCAGCAGCACGUCUCCAAUGGCACCAACACAGGGGCCAGCUCCCUCUCCACCAUCCUCCCAGAGGCCGCCAUGCUCUCCAACGAUACCGUCACCGUCGACGCCGUCGCAGCCGAGAGGGACAACGCCACGGCACUCAAGACCGACCUCGAGGCUCUCACCGGCCAAGAGGUGUCAUGCUACCAGCACAUGUGCUCGGCCAGGGUGCCCGUAGGCGCGAUAAUGGAGCUUGAGGACAUGGAAAGCCUCGCCUUCGCCCGAGCGGCCAUGGCCACCACACACCCAAACCCAAACCAGCCAGUGGGUGUGGGCGGCAUCGGACGGGACCUGUACACCUCGGCUGCUGCGUCACCUGAGGCAGAUGCAGCAGCAGCAGCUGAGAAACCUGAGUCGAAGCUGGACGGCACGCUGCAGCGGCUGGCGAGCGACUGGAAGGGAGACAGAGAGGGAGAGGGAGAGGGGGCGACGGUGCUGGGAGCCACGGUGAGAGACGGCCACGUGACUAUCGACGCAGUGGCUGCGUCUGAAGCCGAGGCGGCCGAUCUGAAGACCAGCCUGGAGGGGCUGACCAGCCACUCGGUCGUGUGUGUGAGCAAGAUCUGCAGCACCAACAUCCCUCUGAGCGCGCUGGCGGGUUUGGAGGAGGUCGAGAGCCUCGAGUAUGCUCGACCGAGCAAGAUGGUGCUGCGUGGGUCGUCCCAGGACAUCAUGGGGGCGCGCGGGUCGCAGGGCAUGCAGGGGGCGAUGGCGGCUCGGGCGGCGGCUAGGAUGAAGAGCCACAACAGCCUCAGGGCACCCUGAUGGCAGACAGGCUGGCUGGCCGGCAGCCGUAGAUUGAUCAACGGAUAGCCAUCUGGAUGGAUGGAUGGACAGAUCCGUAGCGUAGAUAGUCAGUCUUUUUUCGGUGCGGUGUGGGUGUGUCGUGGAUAGCCAGGCAGCUAGAUGUCUAGAUUUGUGGAGCCUUUACGCGAGGCAGACCCGCACAAUGACACGGCAGAUUGACAGAUUGACAGAUGAACAC